AAGAAUUACGAGAAAUUGAAAUUAAAUAUUAAGGAGUUAAAUUAACAUUAAAGAAGAAUUAUGAAGAACUAUUCAAGAAAUGCAACACGUUUAACUACUGUUCUUCUAUUCAGUCUUGUUGUUAUGUUUUUAAUUAUUCCAUCAAAAUGUGAAGCUGUUAGCAAUGAUAUGCAACAACCAUUGGAAGCACGAAGUGCCGAUUUAGUCCAGCAGCCUAGAAACAUUAUUAAUGUUCCUACUAGAUGUCCUCCAGGUUCUAAAUUGAUUAAAAACAGAUGUAGAGUAAUGGUCCCUUAAACUCGUAUGAAUUUGCAAGAAGUAUAUUCACAAAUUCAAAAAAUAUUUUAAAUUGAAGAGUUGCAUGAAUUGAAAAUAAUUAUUAUUAAAUAAAUAUAUAUAUAAAUAUGGGAUUCAUUUCUUAUAAAUGGGAUUUCUAAUUAAAUACAAAGAAAUUUGUAAUAAUUGUGUGUAAAAAAUAUGAUGAUAAAUAAAUAAAAAA